CAACAAUUGGUGAUAACUCAAAUCGUACUGCAGGAUAAAACGACAAAGUCGCUUUUUAUCGCGUUCAGUGUAGUGCAGAUCGUCGCCUACGACGUUGUUUCGAACCUGAAGAAAUGACCGCGCGAAAUUCGGUGGAUAAUAAUUCCUUGGACACCAUAUUGGUCAGGUUGGGUGAUUUUGGCAGGUAUCAAAUAGGCGUCUUCGCUUUGGUAUGUUUCGCCGUGGUUCUGCAUUCGGCUGUGCACGUUGCCUUCGUGUUUACUGCUAUGGAUUUGGAUUACCGAUGUAAAAUACCCAAUUGCGAUACGGAGAGCUCAGAAUAUGCUGCGUCGUGGGUGAAAAGCGCAGUACCAAUUUCUAACGGACGUUUAGAAAAAUGCUCCGUGUACCAGAGCUAUGCGAAUGAAACUAUUUUCGAGGAAAACUGCACCGAGGGUGAGUUCAAUACCCAAAUCAUCGAGAGAUGCUCCUCUUUCGUCUACAAAAGCGAUGAGAAGACCAUCUUGCAAGAGUAUGAUCUGCAGUGUGACAAUAACCUGUGGAAAUUGACUAUGAUCGGUACUAUAAACAACGUGGGACAGUUCUUCGGUCUUCUCAUAUCUGGGAUACUAUCUGACAGGUACGGCCGUAGAGUGCUACUGGUCGGUGGGAUGGUUCUUUGCGGUGUAUGUGGAAUAAUUCGUACCUUUAUGCCCACUUACGAAUGGUUUUUGGUACUAGAAUUUAUGGACGCCUUUUUCGGUGCUGGAAGUUAUAUUUGCGGAUUCGUAUUAGGAGUGGAGCUAGUAGGACCAAAGAAAAGGGUGUUAACCGGUACGCUGGUCAGUUCCUGCUACGCAGUGGGAGAAGUCUUCGCAGCCGUAUCCGCUUACCUAGUGAAAUCUUGGAAACCUCUGAUCUAUAUUCUGUACACUCCUACAAUACUUUUGCUGUCUUAUUUCUGGCUGGUGCCUGAAUCGAUCAGGUGGAACUUAAGCAAAGGCCGAAUAGAAGAAGCGAAAAAGACGAUGAUCAAGUUAGCCACCGUUAAUGGCAAACAAAUAACUGAUAAAGAACUAGAAAUUCUUGACGCCAUUCCAGUAUCCGACGCUGAGGUUACGAAAUCCGGUAGUCAGUUUGCGGAAGCUAUUAGAUCUAGUACGUUGAUGAUACGACUUGUGACGUGUUGCUUCUGUUGGAUAACCUGCGCGUUUUUAUUUUACGGAUUGACCCUUAAUUCGGUCGCAUUGGCUGGAAACGCGUACGUGGACUUCAUUCUAACUUCUUUGGUGGAAAUUCCUGCUUACUUUGCGUGUAAUUUUAUCGUCGAAAGGUACGGACGCAAGAGGUCGCUGUUUCAAUGCUAUUUGCUAACCGGAAUCGCGUGCCUUGCUUUCAUUUUCAUUCCGGCAGACUCGCGUUGGGGUAGUUUGUGUGUUUAUUUAAUCGGCAAGUUCGGAGCCACGGCCUCGUUUACAAUUUUGUACGUCAUCACAAGUGAAAUGUUCCCUACGAAUCUCAGACACUCGUUUAUGGGAACUUGUUCGACUUUAGGAAGGUGCGGAUCAAUGAUAUCGCCUCAAACGCCGCUGCUGGCUCAGAUAUGGGAACCCCUUCCGUUGGUCAGUUUUGCAGCUAUGUCCUCCAUAGCUGCGGGAUUGGCCCUUACGUUUCCAGAGACUCUUAACAAAAAGCUGCCCGAUACAGUCAAAGAAGCCAAGGAAAUAGGCAAGGUUGCAGAAAUUGAACAGGAAAUUUACAAAGCGCAACGGCAGGAGAAGGAAAGAUAUUGACCUAAUCGAUCUGUGAUAUUUUUAGUGUUUAAAGUUACCUAAUUUAUUGUGUAAUUUUUUAAAAUAAGUAUUCUUGUAUUAUUAUUAUCAGACCCGUUGAGUGACCUCAAGAUUGUAGCGUCGUUAAGAAUGUCAUCCUAGAAGUA